AUGAGUGAGGAGAUGAGACGCAUUUCUGAAGAGGCUCGAAACCUCGCGCACGACCUUGUAUCGUAUCGCAUUGGAAAAAUGAAUCCUCCGCCGACACGCACGGCUGAGAUUUUACGAAGACUUUCUGACGAGCUCGAGGAUCGCCAUUCGAUGGUGCUUUCGAAUAUGUGCAACAGACUUAACGUUGUUAACGGCUCAGCGCAAGUGAAAUUUGUGCAAGUUGCAGACGAGGUAUUCCGCGACGGAAUUAACUGGGGUAGGAUCGUGGCAAUCUUUGCGUUUGGAGCAAAAAUGGCGCAGUACUGUGUGACUACUGGCUUACAACAAGAGGUGGAGGAGAUCAUUGUUUGGGUCGGAAAUUAUAUUUCAGGUCUUUCAAACUGGAUUCAUUCAAACGGAGGAUGGGUAAGCUGCCAAAAUAUAGGAUCUCCGACUGAUAACUUCAUAACUUUAACAAAGUAUUAAAUAUUAAAAGUGUCUUACCAAUUUAAGCUAUAUUUGCAAAGACUUCACCAUCCCAGUUUGCAAAAAAAUCAUAACAGAUUAUUUGCCUAAAUUGGUUAUUUUAUACCUUCGUGAAUGGAAACACAGUAUUUUGCUGAAUUCGCAACCGUUGGCAAAUAAUGCUGCUCUUCAAACCACAUCAAAUUUUGCACCUCGCACGUUAAAGUUUUCAAAAUAUUGAUCUACCAAAAUUGAAAAAUCAACCGUUGCAAUCUCUUAUUAACUCCAUGCCUUACAUUACAAUCACAAAAUUAAAAUUAAAAUAAGAACAUCUUUCCCGCUUUUUCAAGACUCGAUAUCGGCAAUCUGUCCUUUAAUACCAAUAAAAUCAAGAAAUAUUUUCUCGAUCCGCUUAUAACUUCCUGUUUAUAUUAGGCCUACAAUAUGUGUCUAUUAUAUUGAAUUUACAGGGAAAAUCCUGCUAGUAUACGAUUUCAAAUGCAAAUUCACUUAAGAGACCGAGCCGUAGUAAGUGUUUUUGCACGUGUAUCUGUAUUUUCUUUUUGUCCAGUAAUAUCUUUCACUUAAUGCCGAAAAGAAAUUUUCAGAAAGACAGGCUGAUAGUUCAGUUAUUGGAAGAUCAAUGAUUUAAGGCAAGAAACACGCUGGCUGCUAUAGAGUUCCUCAUGUUUUGUUAUAAUUAUUCAUGGUUUAAAAAGCUACUUUGAAUAUUUUUCCUUGCAAACGGACUUAGUGUUUCCAAUAUUUAAACAGUUGCAAUUAGUAAUUGUUUUUCUAAAACCUUUUUUCAAGUCUUUUACUGAGUUGAAACUUCUACAGGUCGUAAACUGACGUCGCAAAGCGAAGUAUCAAGUUUUGCCUCGUGCAGCCAGAGUUUAGAGGCUAAAAGAGAACAUGCAAGCAGGUCAAAAGUUAGAAUCUAUCAGUGAUGUUGUAAGCGGGUUUUGGAAUGGGCUUAUGGUCAGUUGCACAAAUUUCUUCAACAACUGUACAUGCUUAUAGUAUCAAAAUGUCUUACAUCAAAAGAUUUCACUUAGACCUGCGAUACCCAAGCAAAUUAAAAAUAUUGAAUACAUUGCCAAUGUAUUUAGGACUUUGAUCCUUCUCCUUUUGUGCACUUACUACCGAAAGAGCCGAUUUUUUCCUCCGUGAAAGUAAUGUUUUAGUUUGUUCAGAAUUAUCGAAACUAUACGAGAGUCUAUCAAUUGCUAGUUUUCAUUAAAAAUUUUUCCACCGUUUAUUGUUCUACAGAGGUAGGAAAUUGUACAUUGUUUUGGUAGUUGUACAGAUGCCAAGUUUUCACUGAAUGGCUAUUGGCCUAACUCUUUAACCCCAAAGAGUGAUCAGUAUCAAUAUUCUUCCCGUGAAAUCAAUGCUUUAUAAAACAGAACGGUGACGAGAAUUAAGGACAUGAUCACAAAAGAUGAAUUUGGUUGACACUUAACAACUUCUCCCUACUACUUUCAUAGGAAAAGUAUAGGGACAACAAAUGAGAAUUGGAAUUUUGAUAUUACGGACUAAAGAGUUAAGAAAGGCUUAAAGCAUGAAAAACGAGUUGAGCACAACAGUGUUUCCGUGUUUGACAUUUGAGAAGUUUUGCCCAAUAUUCAUUAAUUCAUGUACACUACCCUGUUCUUAGCCGUCAUUGAUAGUCAUUUAAACAUCUUUCGAUGAAGCUAAUAAUCACGAAACCGAUGUUUUAAGAAAAAUCCAGGGGAGUUUCCUGUUUCACUUUCAGUUGCCAAUUAUUACUUUGAUCUGCAAUUUCUUGUCUGCAGUGGUAGCUACAUAUGAAACCAGCUUUCUAAGUGUCUUGACACGGAGUGAUGCUUUUUGAAAUCUCUCCAUGAAUUUUUUUAAGCUAUUACAAAAGCUGGGACCUUCCUACAUCCAAAGACUGAUUCAACAUAUCUUUAACUCCCCAGUACUAAAGAGAGACUGGCGUUUAUCUGGUAUUUUCAUUGCAUGUCUUUUGCGUUGGAUCAGUUAUUCUGUGUCUGCUGUCGAAUCAGUAACAUGACUCGGUUGCUAAGUUACAAUAGACCCUCUUUGGGCAAGACCCAACGUUGAAGUUAUACAAGUAUAUUUUUACCGUUCUCCGACAAUUUUGGCCUUUAGCAAAACACCUUAAAAGAAAGGAUAGAACAAUGUCAUCGACGAAUUCAGCCAUAGUUUGAUGGCAUAUUGAUUUUUGUUCCUGUAUUUAUUCAUGAGAUGUCUGCUCGCUGAAGUACGUGCAUUCUUUAUGCCAAAAAUUGCAUCCAGGAUAACGCUCAAUGGAUCGACGUUUUUUUGAAAAUAAAAGCUACCCAGUGACUUGCAAACAUCAGGUUCCAAUGUUUCAUUUUAUGACAAAUGAAACCAAAAUUCAGAAUUGCGUCAUGGGUCUAGAUCUGUUUAAGAAAUUUGCUUUCUGUUAGAUACAAACUAGCUGAACUCUGACAUAAUCACAAAUUAGAAUAAAUAUUGAAAAAAUUAUCUUCAAAUGUCUGAUUUGGGUCGUCAAGGGACUGAGAAGUCGCUUUCUAUAUGUUGCUGUGGAGUGCAGUUCAAGCCUUUUCAAGUUCUAAUCUAUUAAUAAAUUUUUUGCUAUUGUGGGAAGGGGUAGUCACUACAAUAAUGGACUUUUUAUGUAGGCGUUUUAGUUGAUGUCAGUGAUAUCACUGGGAAGAUAGACGAACGUGGACAGAAUAGCAAGACAGUUAAACAAUUGAAACACCGGCGAUAUGGUCAUUCCAGCUUUAUUACGUGCUUGACAUAUAUUCAGUUGGUAAAUAAGGCGGGGUUAUCUGUGAUAACUCGUUGAGGAGCACAUAAUCUUACAAGGUAAAGAAUUCAAUGCAGUUAUUUACGACGAGCAUUAUACAGUACUGCACAAAGGAUUUGCCAAACGUUGCGUAAUAAAAUUAUCGUUGUGAGAUAAAAAUGAAUUUCAGACGAAUGUGUGGAAACGAAAACGGGCAAAAAUUAAAGGAAAAGAGAAUUUCUUUUUCAGUGUGAAAAGUUUCGAGGAAAUUCUACUUCUAGCUCCUGCUUGUUAUUUCAAACGAUAUUAACCCUUUUGAGCUUUUAGAAAAAACGUCUUUUAUUGUGAUCAUAAGUUCAGUGCUGAGCAGUUCUUUUCUGUGAUUGUUCUGUUCAUUGCGCUUUAAAAAGUAUAGUUAUAAUUAAAAAAUCGCCAAGUCUGCGGAUGAAAUUUUGUAGGAUGACUAUUCUUGCGAAAGUUGCUGAGCAAAGCAUUCCUGACAAAUGAGUUGUAAAUUUAACGAUUGAAGUCCUGUCCAUGAAAAAUACUGAGCAGUGCCUUAUGGUGAUACUUAUCCUUUCGUGUUCCGUCCUUAAAAGUAACUUUUGUAUGAAAAAUUGAAUCAAAUUUGUAUUUUCUUCUUUAAAAAAGAGUGAGAUGUGAAAAAAAAAACAGUGAACUAAGAUUGAGUACGUGCAGUGAAUAUUAAAAUAUAGCCUUAAUAUUUUCUUGCUAUUUAUAACCUCAAAUGACUCAAUAUAACGAGGAUAUGAUCACGUUAUAUCGAGAAACGCGAGAGCAGUGAGAAAUUCCCGCAAUUUAAUAGUUUGUUUACCAAAGUUCUGUUUCAAGUGUAACUUAAGAAAAUUGUCUAACCAAGAAAGUAGUGAAGGAUAUAAUGAGAAAAAAUACAGGAAACACUAAUGUAAAGACCCACAGUUAAUUUAAAGUUAAACAAACAAUACAUUGAUUAAGUGAAAGUAACGUUUUUUUAAUGAGCAUGUGUGCAACGUUUCGCACGUUCUUUCAGUUAAAAUUCGUAAGGGAGUAAAUUUUUCGAAAGUGCAAAACCCAUGAUCUGUGUUAAUGUUAAUUUUUGGACCAUGAUACAGAGUUUCAUUAACACAGUUUAAGUCAAAACAAGAGUGGAGAUUUACAUUUACUGACAGAUUACUAUUGAUUUUUACAUCUCUCAGUUUAAUAGUACUCGCACUGAGAUUGGUUAGUAAAUUUAAAAGCAGUUUAUUUUGGUUGCGACCUGUGACAAAGCUAUUCGUUUCAAGUAAAGUUUUGAAGUAGAAUGAGUGUGUUAUGUGUUAAACGAAUGUUUUUUCACAACUGAAAGUCACGAUGUUUGAGGUUUAGGAUUUGACGCGCGUCGAUCAUCAAAGUUACGUUUCGAUUUGCUGCAGAGACAAGAUUUGUCUCAAGAGCAGCGUUUACCCAGCAACAAGAAGUAUUUUUCUUCUGCACUUGACCAAAUAUUUCUUCUCUCCUUUAUUAGCCGGUGUUCUUAAGAAUGAAAGAGCAAAGAAUCCUAUGAAAAUUCUUCGAUAACAACCUGAGGAAACCAAAAAGCAUUGUAAUUUGUCAACAAUUGUUUUCCCCGCCAGUCUGCAGCGAGGUACGCCAAGAUUUUCCCGUUACGCAAACUUAGAGUAACGCAGGCGUACUAUACGUUGCAUUCGCGUGAAGGUCAUUUAUUUGCUAAAAAUGAACGCAAGAGGGUAUAAAGGGACAAUUCCCUUAUACUCUCUUGCCUAUGAGCAUGCUUAUCGUGUGAGGUCACGGGCAAACGUCACGCGAAAACUGAUUCACCUCACGAGGAUAUUGCGCAUAACCACGAGCCGAUUACUAAAAAACCUUACUUUCUUUUUUUAAGGAGUUCUAAUAUAUUCAUUAGUGUUAAAUAAGUACUGGUGCGUUCUAAACCUAUGAUACUGACUCGUGCGCUUCUUCAUCCACUCAGAAUUGGCAAUAAUUAAAGAAGGAAAAUAAUUAUUAUUAAGUUUGUGCGAGAAAUCAUUCAAGUGACAACUUUUCAGCAGUAGCUUCACAUGGUGCAAUUUAUUUGGUUCAUAAACUUAUAUUUGGUUUAUAAACUUAUCAGUCAGUGCAUAAAGUCCUAAGGAGCAAACAUUCAAUUGAAACCACUUUGGCAGUAAUUUCGCAUAACAUGUUUUUACGGCUUAGUCAAUCCCAAGCGUACCCAUCCCCCCUCCCCUCCCCUCCCCGGGCAUUUGUCAUUUUCUUUUGGAAAAGCUGCAGAUGCCCCCACGGGGGGGCCGGGCGCGGCUCAUACAAAAACCCCACGGUGGGGCUUUAAAAAGUGUGCAAAUGCCCCACCUCCGGGUAACAACAAAAUAGCAUUUUCCAAAAAAUAAGCCGCAACUGGCAUAUUUCUAGGAAAAUCUGCAAUAAUCUUAUGAAAACGCGCGAAACCACCCUUCUCAAAUCGCUCCUGGCCGCUAGUUAUAAGCUUAAUUAUUUUUAUUGCAAAAAAGAUCACAUCGAUCUGGUUAAUAUCAAUGACAGAACUAUAAAACAACCGACGAGCUUAACAUGAGUAUUUUCUCAUCACACAAUAGAACCGUUUCGUCAAAGUGUUAAUCGUUGCAUUAACCACACAAAACACAAAGCUUACACUAGCUUUAAAAUAUCUCGCAAAGUUGAUCUAGGCCCUUCUGCCUCAACCAUUUGCUCACAAAGAAAGUGUUCUUUUAAACUCUUAAAAAGCGAUGCAUUGAUUGUUUUUCGUCUAUGUGCGAACUGAUCACGAUGGCGGGAAGAAAUUUCUUAGACGCGGGAUGCAAAAAAUACUGUGGGGUAGUGAUGAAGCGAAAACCACACGAUGCUUCUACAAGAAUUGAAAAAGGGACGAUUUGUAUUACUAUCAAAUAGCAAAUCUUUUUUGACAAAAAUAACCACGGGACCGACAAGAUGAAAUAUUGGAAAAGGGGGACGAUGUUAGCCAUCAGCAUUUCACAAAAUCUAAUCUGUUUUUUGCUUGUUCGUUUUUUGUUGUCGUUAGGUAUUUUUGUGAGUUUAUAAGGAUUACAAAUUCGGCAAGCGAAAGUUAGAUUUUCAUUCUUGCCGUUCAAGUUUAAUACGCCAUAAUAUUGGAUAAUCUAACUAUUAAGGUUUUUUCAAUACUGUCGAUCAAACUUGAGUUUUAUAUUAUCAGGACAAAUGAUGGUGAUAUAUCAGUCUGUGGUAAAAGAAGGUAAAGGUGCUGCAGUGUCACGCUUGUCUACCAGUAUUUUGUUAAUAAUACCAAUUACACGUCCUUAUUCGCUUUGGAACUUGAGAAAUUACUUGAAAAUGAGAAAAUUACAUUACAGCUUCUUGUCAAACAAAUACGACGGUCUCCAGAGCAUUACAUCAAACUUUACAAACAGCAAAGUAAACUUUGAAAAACUGUAAGGCUAACAACUUUUCGAAAACCCACAAUUGCAGUCAGUGUUUCAAUCUACUUCAAGUUUAUCCAUCCGCUUCUCCAUUUGUGUUUUCUUCUCUCGUUUCACUCAGUUUGGUGACAGUUCCCACCGUUUCAUGAAUUUUGAUAAAUUAUGCCUUUUUUUACUCAGCUGGGUCCAGUUGUUCGAAGGCCGAUUAGCCCUUCACCCAGGGUUAAAUUUAACCCAGCUUUCUUUUUCUUUGCUCAAAAGCAUUUUCUCGGAUAAUUUUCUCUGUUAUUGUUAAGAGUAUCCAAUCAUAAACCUGUUGACAGAAAGGAUAAAUUUGAAUUUACUUUUUAAGCCUUCAAAUCUUAAUUCAAAUUUCGCACUAAUCCUGGGUUAUCUUAACCCACCUUUGAACAAAACGGCCCUGGUGUUUAACACGAAAGUGUAAGUUUAUAGUUUCGUUUUGGAAGUGAGUUUGUGUUAGCCUAUUUGCUAUUCAUAAAAUAUAACCGUAGAAAUGUUAAUCCAAAGAUAAUGAAAAUCACUAGGGAUGCCUUCAAGAUCUUAAAACAGAUCUGACACUGCAGAAGCUCUUAAAAUUCCCAGUUUCUUUUUUUGAAAAAUGAUUUCGAUAAUAAUAUCACAAAAUUGAGAAAAAUUAGAACUUUAAGAUAGAGUAUGCUGUAUGUUAGAAAUAAUCGUGCCCUUGCCCUUUGUGGGUUGCAGAACGAGUUGCCACUUUUUUCAUUUUCACGCUGAUGAAUAAUUUAGUUGUUGCACCUUGUCAAAGCUGCUUUGCAUAACCACAACAUUACCCGCUUUACGAUUACAUCUGCCAUGCAACGCUGAUAAAACACACCAUUUAGAUAAGCUUGGAUUAUUUGUUUUUAAGGUCUUCUCACUGAGCAUCAGCAAUUUCCAUCUGGACUAAAUGUAGACAGUUUUUCAAAUAGUUGA